GGUGCGGAGCCGCCCGGUGCCGCCCGGUGCCACAUGAGCCGCCCGGCACCGCACUGAGCGCCGCCGGAACGAUGCGAGCCCAAAUCGAGGUGAUCCCCUGCAAGAUCUGCGGGGACAAAUCCUCGGGGAUCCACUACGGCGUCAUCACCUGCGAAGGCUGCAAGGGUUUUUUCCGGCGGAGCCAGCAGAACAAUGCCAGCUAUUCCUGCUCACGGCAGAGGAACUGCCUGAUCGACCGCACCAACCGCAACCGCUGCCAGCACUGCCGCCUGCAGAAAUGCUUGGCACUGGGCAUGUCCCGUGAUGCGGUGAAGUUUGGCCGCAUGUCCAAGAAGCAGCGGGACAGCCUCUACGCCGAGGUACAGAAGCACCAGCAGAGACAGGAGCAGAGCGGUGGCCCCAAGGAUGAGCCCGAACCCCUGAGCCGCAUCUACACCACCAGCGUCAGCAGUGGCCUCUCAGACCUGGAUGACAUCUCCACGCUGUCUGACGGGCUCCUCUUCGACUUCCCCCUCACUCCUGAUGGCAGCAGCACCUACUACAACCUCGACCUGCUGGCUUCGGCGCAGCCCUCGCCUGAUCAGUCCAGCCUGGAUGUGGCCGACGCCACGCUCAUCAAACAGGAAUCCAUCUAUGAGCUGAUGCUGGAGCCAGCCCUGUUUGCACAUGGGGCGCUGGAGGGCAGCCAGCUGGCUGGGGACAUCUCCGUCCUUGAGAUUGACCGGAUCGCCCAAAACGUGGUCAAGUCGCACCUGGAGACCUGUCAGUACACAGCAGAGGAGCUGAAGCACCUGGCCUGGAGCCUCUACUCCCCAGAGGAGGUCCGUGCCCUGCAGAGCAAGAGCUGUGAGGCCAUGUGGCAGCAGUGCUCGCUGCACAUCUCCAACGCCAUCCAGUACGUGGUGGAGUUCGCCAAGCGCAUCGAUGGCUUCAUGGAGCUCUGCCAGAACGACCAGAUCAUCCUCCUCAAAGCCGGUUGCCUCGAGGUUCUCCUGCUCCGUAUGAUCCGAGCCUUCAACCCCCUGAACAACACCGUGCUCUUCGAGGGGAAGUUUGGUGGCGUGCAGAUGUUCAAGGCGCUCGGAUGCGAUGACCUCAUCAGCGCCGUCUUCGAGCUGGGGAGGACCCUGUGCCGCCUGCAGCUGUCAGAUGAGGAGCUCGCCCUGUUCACUGCCGCUGUGCUGCUCUCCCCAGACCGCCCAUGGCUGACGGAGUCCAAGAAGGUGCAGAAGCUCCAGGACAAGAUCUACGUGGCCCUACAGCACGAGAUCCAGAAGAAACACUCCGCUGAGGACAAGCUCUCAAAGAUGGUCUCCAAGCUGCCCCUGAUGAAGACUAUUUGCAACCUGCACUUGGACAAACUGGAAUUUUUCCGUCUCCUGCACCCGGAGACGGCCAUGAACUUCCCACCCCUCUAUAAGGAGGUCUUCAACUCGGAGCUGCAGUACAGCGACCCACGGGAGAGCUAAGGCUGGGAGCUGCCAGCCCCCUCCCCGGCCCCAAAUCCGGAGACGAACUGAACCCUGAGGUUUGGGGCCGUCCGUUUAAAUCGUGUAACCAAACCCAAGACAGCGGGGUGUUGGAUUGCAAUAGCUCUUGAAUGUAAAGCACCUUUGAAGGAAAAGCAAAAAGGACUUUGCCGUAGCCGUGAAAUGAAUGUGAAAUCUCCACUUGGGAGAGGAGAUGCUCCUGGAGGUGCGAGGCACCGACUCGUCCUCGAUCCGGGGGAGCGGAACCAGAGGGCUGUGGGUCGGUGCUCCCCAUUAGCGGAACUCAUAGGGAAGGACACGGAGCGAACCUCACCAUGGAAGAGUCGCCAGGAAGGCGAUGGGAUUUGGAGAAACGUGGGGUUUUGCAGCCGUGUGGUUUUGUAGCGUCGUGUCCCAACUCACGGCGGAGUUCACCCACUCAUCUGUGGGUCCGUCAGCCCCAAUUCUGCCCCCCGGUGUUGGUAGAACCCAUUGAGCGUCCCAGUGCUGAGUGCCAACCGGGGAUGCGCCGCGCGCGUUUCCUGCCCUCCCGGAUCCUGAAGGUGGACAAGAAGGGAAGAGUCAGAAUUGCCUUUUUCAUCUUUGGGAUUUGUCAACGUCAGCGUCGCCGUCUUCAUUUCAUCGGCAAAGAAAGCAUGAAAGCACCUUAAACUGGGGAAGGAUGAACCCUGGUGGGAGAGAUUUGGGGUUCUGAGCGAGAGGAGCCCACAUGGGAAGAGUGGAAGUAUUGAAUACCAAUAAUUCAACUGCCCAACACGGGAACCUGCACUUUUCAGUUCUCUUUAUAGGAACGGACUCGUUGAGUUAUUUAUUGAAGGGAUGGAGCGGAUUUCACAAGGAGGGGCUUGGGGCCCUGCAGUGCUGCCAUCCCAAAGCCAAACCCAGGGGUCUUGGUGGUACGUGUCAAAAGGGAUGGGAAUGGAGCGCCGGAACCUUAACCCUACCCCUUAACUCCACCUCUAACCCUAAUCCCUAACUCUUAACCCUAACCCCUACCCCUAAUCCUA